AUGGGGAUUGAGAGUGGGUCAGAUAAGCUUCAUCAGCAGUUUGUGAUCUGUGUCUUGGAUGGUCACAAGACUGCAGCACAAAAAUCCUCAUUGAUGGCUCCUGUGAAAACUUUAAUUAAACAGCAUAUAGAGGACAGUUACGAAAUUAAAGCAGCUAUGAAGACCAUCACCUGCCUUCUGCUUAUGUCCGUUUUGCCGUUUUCCAUCCUCUCUGAUGACACUGUACCAAACUCCCAGGUUUGCGGAUCUCCGACGGUGUUCAGUCGCAUAGUAGGGGGGUCAGAUGCUGCGCAGGGGGCGUGGCCGUGGCAGGUCAGCCUGCGGUAUAAUGGACGUGCUAUCUGUGGAGGAUCCCUCAUCUCCAAUCAGUGGGUGAUGUCUGCUGCUCAUUGCCUUCAAUUUUCAUCGCUGCCCUCUGAUUACACUGUACACCUGGGAGCCUACAAACUGGACAUCUCCAACGCCAACGAACAGAUUGUCAGAGUGAACAGGCUUGUCGUUAAUUCGCAGUUCAGCCAGGUCGGACGCAGUGGAGACAUCUCUUUGCUGAGGUUGGCCGCUCCCGUCACAUUCACCCAGUUCGUUCAACCCAUCUGUAUUCCGUCGGCAUCCAUGUUCUUCGCUACCGGAACAAGAUGUUGGGUAACCGGCUGGGGACAAACAAACUAUGGAGAAAGCCUGGCCUAUCCCAAGAACCUCCAGCAAGUCAUGGUGCCGCUGAUCAGUAGAGAGUCAUGUGAUAAGAUGUACCAUAUCAACUCUGCGUACGCUGCCUCUCAGACCGUCAUCCAAUAUGACCAGAUCUGCGCCGGGUACACGAGCGGGCAGAAAGACGCCUGCCUGGGAGACUCGGGAGGACCCCUCGUGUGUCAAGCCAAUGGGUUAUGGUAUCAGGUUGGCAUUGUGAGUUGGGGAGAUGACUGCGCCCUUGAAAACAGGCCUGGAGUGUACACUUUGGUUUCCACCUAUGAGUCCUGGAUCAACUUUUACAAGAACUCCGCUUCCCCCGGCCUCUCCGCCUCAGUGCUGCUCCUAGUGGUCUCUAUGAUUCUGCACAUCCUGGCACUGAAGCAUCAGAAUGACUUUGCCCACGAUAGAAUGGGGCGUUCAAAGAAAGCCAUGAAACCGGGCCAGAGAUUGACAACCAAUAUCAUGUGUAAAGAGUACUUAAAGAUUAAGAAUAUGAAGAUCAAAAGGCCGCCAACCACAAUCAAGAUUGAAACUACCCCCGAAGAAAAAACGUCUUCCAUUCGCCACCUGUUCUUCGUCAUUGAUAUCGCCGCACACCAAACCCACUGCUUACUCAUAGAGAUCUAUGUCUGCAAUUGGGAUGCAAUCAUGGUGCAAGCCGUUCUGCAGCAGUUCAGUGGCUCUGUUGUCCAGUCCUCGACCUGCGGCUCUCCCGUGGUUUCUGCCCGAAUUGUUGGUGGCACUGAUGCGGUGGAAGGGGCAUGGCCGUGGCAAGUCAGUCUACGAUAUGAGGGGAGCCACAUCUGCGGGGGGUCCUUGAUCAGCAAUGCGUCGGUUCUCACUGCUGCUCACUGCUUUACAUACUCGACGUCUCCCUCUAACUACAAAGUAGCUCUCGGCUCUUAUGAACUGUCCCUUCCUAACUCGCAUGUGGUUAUCUCCAGCGUGCAAAGCAUUCUGAUUAAUUCCGCGUACAGCACCACUGGAUCUGCGGGCGACAUCGCUCUGGUGAGACUCUCCAGCCCUGUCACCUUCACCGACUUUAUCCAACCCAUCUGUCUGCCCUCAUCAUACAUCACCUUCUCCACUGGCAUGGAAUGCUGGGUAACCGGUUGGGGCAGUAUUGCCUCCUCAGUGGGCCUACCGUACCCGCAGACCCUCCAGCAAGUGAUGACCCCAUUUAUUACUAGAGACAUUUGUGAUCUGUGGUACCAUACGAAUUCAGGAAUCAGCUCCAGCAAGGCUAUAAUUGCACCUGAUCAGAUCUGUGCUGGGUACCUCGAUGGAAAGAAAGACUCGUGCCAGGGUGACUCUGGUGGACCUCUCGUGUGUAAAGUUUCUGGGAUCUGGUACCAGGCGGGCAUUGUCAGCUGGGGCACCGGAUGUGCGUUGCAAUAUCGGCCAGGCGUCUACACGUAUGUUCCUCUGCUUAAGACUUGGAUUGAGAAGAAUGAAAACAUAUGGAGCCAAGUGCCAGCUCUUCUGCCCAGCAUCUACUCACUCAUUCUCACUGUGACAAUACUGCUGAGUUAA